AUGCUGCGCGAGAGCUUGAAGAAGCAUCCUCACCUCACUCUAGAUGAGCUGAGAGAGUUCAAGGAGCUGUUCAACCUGGUCGACGAGGAUAAGGGAGGAUCUAUCUCCCCCCAGGAGCUGGGCUCCCUCAUGGAGACCCUGGGGUUGAAGCCGAACCAGGAUGAGCUGAACGCAAUGAUCCGCGAGAUUGAUGAGGACGGAAAUGGAGAGAUCGACUUUGACGAGUUUGUUCAGGUGAUGUCGAGGAAAGUACAACCAACCUACACCCCUGAAGAGGUGAAGGCCGCCUUCAAGGUGUUCGAGGCCCCCAACUCCGGUCUGCCUCCUGGUCACGUCAAGACAAGUGCGCUGGAACGAGCUCUGACGACCUACGGGACGGAGAAAUUGACGGUAGAGGAAGCGCAGGACCUGCUGUCACAGGUUGAUCCGGAGAACACUGGGUCAGUCAACUACAUCGAGUACGUGAACAUGAUGUGCUCGACCUGA